AUGGCCCCUUGGGAUGAUUUCGACGCUAUAUUCUACUUCAAUAAGAACUUUGUCUAUGAUGGCAAGGUCAUUGAACAGAUUAUUUCCAACCGUCGAGCGUUGGAGAAUCAGCUAUUCGUCGAUAGACUUUUGGGCCUAGCUGGUGUCAAAACAGUGACCAAGCUGUAUCCUCCUCGAUCGAAUUCAGACCUCAGAUUGCUUGUCGAUCAGAUUGUAUCUUCGGCCUUUGACAUUCAUCACAAGCAGGCGUUGGUUUACUACAUCUUGAAGGACUGCCGUGCAGCUAGCGAUGCCGCCACACAAUUUUCUCGACGAUGUCAUCUGCCCGAGAAGUACAGGCUCUUUACCGAAGGGCUUUGGCAUCUGGACCGACUGGAACUCAAGCGAGCUAUCGAAUAUUUGACCGAGCCGUCUAUCAUCCCCACGUUCCCCGAUGAGAUCCUCUACAUUCUUACCUUGUCGCAUCUCCCUAAACAUGAUGAUAGUCUAGUCAUGGCGUAUUACCUUACUGUCUCUCCGCCCCUAACAACCAGCAAGGUCCAAAAAGCCUUCUUCCAAACCCUUUGCCGUGCUAGCGUUACAGAAGCGUUCUAUUUCACCCGCAAGAAUGGGGAAUCGCUCCGUCAAGCCUACUUUGUGCAGCUUAUAGAAUUCGUCCACACAACAGCAGCUGGCCAGGCUCGCAGCAAGCGGGCUAUGGAAUUAAUUGGCCUCCCCCUUGAUGACCAAGAAGUAGAAUGGUUUGAGGAUACCUUGCUCCAUGGGAGCGCAAAGGGAUUGUAUGGUUCUAAGGAUACAGUCAUGAUGCGCCGGCUUGCGACAGGGAAAUUGAGUGAACUCUCACCAGAACUCGAAUCUUUAGGAGGAAAGAAAAUAGAUGGACUGAACUGGGAUGUCCUUAAGAAGACCAUGAAACAAGCAUAA